UUAUUCCAAACAUUGCUCAAAAUUUGAUUGAUAUUGGACGGUUGCCACCUCUAAUUUAAUGCAUUUCUUUUAUCUUGUGUCAAUCUAUUAUUACAUCGGACGGAGGUCCUAUUAAUGCAAAUCCCUGCUAGCUGUCUCCUUCACCGAGGCCUGCGCUGUUCUUUCGGUCUGCGUCUCCCUGGCCAGCUACUGCUAUUCUUCCUCAAAUUCUUCACCUUCUCCAGUACAGCCAAAGCGCUCUUCAUGUUUCUUGUCACAUGUUUUUGGGUCUAAAGCGGAAAUCAAUUUGGUCAUAGUGACUGGGAGAUUGAAGGGAAGGUUUAAGAGAUGGGAUGCUUUUUAUCAACACAAAGGGACAGUGGUAAAGAUGGGAGGGGUCCAACAAGUAUGGGUGAAGUUUCAGUUUUUGUCCCUGGACUAAGGAUUCCUAAGCCAGUGGAUAUCUUUUCUGCACUUGACAACCUUGUCUCUAAGAGUUUACUAGAGCACCUUUCUGCACUCAGAACCCGAAUCAUUGUGAUGGCAGGGCAAGAGGGUAUCUUCGUUACCCGAACAAGAAGGAAAUCUGCCACUCAACAUGGAGGAUCAACUCUGGGGGAUCUUCUUCAGGCUCUCGAGGAUUACUUGCCAGUUCUUUUGGGAUUGGUUAAAGAUGGUACUCAAUUUGGGAUCAAAGUUAGUCUCGAUGAAGUUUUGCUUGCUUGGAAAUCGCAGGUAGCCCUCUACAAUAUAAAGUACAAUUUUCUUGGGUCAAUCAAGAGGAUGAUGCGGAGGAAACUGCAAUAUUCAGUGGUUGGUAUGAAGUAUUGUCUGUUUUGCACUUGAUGGCAAUGCUAUCAUUAUCUCAAGCCAAUUUGUUACUCUUCCCUAGAGCAUCUCUUGACGACUAUCAGCUAAAAGUAUCGGAAGAGAGCAGACGAACUUCUGUUGAUAUAUUUCUCAAGGCAGCGGGAUACCUCGAUUGUGCUGUGAAACAUGUUCUCCCUCAGUUUCCCACUGAACUUAGGAGAAACUUACCAGUUGACCUUGCUGAAGGAGUGCUACUAGCACUGUGCCUCCAAGCAUUAGGGCAGGCGGUUGAUAUACAACUUGGGCUUGCGAUUGACAGUGCUAAGGCCACUCUAGCCGUCAAAAGAAGGCUUGCAUGUGAGAUGGUAAAAUAUUGGCAGCAGGCCCAAGGUAACAUCAUGAAUCUUCCACUAUCUAAUGGAUGGGGGGAAAAACAUCGGCUUUUUUUGAAGUGGAAAUUUAUUGAAGCUAAGGCGGCGGCAUACUAUUAUCAUGGCCUAAUUCUUGAUGAAGGGAAUACAGAAAGAUCUCAUGGAAUGGCUAUUGCUGCUUUGGAUGCAGCAGAUGAGUAUCUCAAAGAAAGUAAAAAGGCUUGUGAAGAUUUUAACGCAGUUGUUCCUCUCUCUAGAAGCCCGCCUCUAUGGGGAACCAUGAAGUACCUCUCCGAGAAGAUUCCCAAGGACACUUCUAGUAAGGGGCGAAUCAACAGGGAUCUGCGCUCUUAUGAAAAAGUUAUGGAGAGAGCACCACCAUUGCCUGACUUUGCUUUAGCCCUUAAACCAGAUGACUAUCAUCUCCCUUCCGUGGAUGCAUCGUGGAAUCACGAAACAACAAACCAUUGAUGGAUCCAUGAAAAUCAAAGGGUAAUUUUUCUUAUUUUGCAAAAAACUUGUAAAUGCAAGUGAGCAAAGGUAAUGAGCUGACCCCUUUAAUGUUGCUACUAAUGUUAAUUUGGUCUUUGAUAUAAUUUUCGUGCGAAGAUUUGGUUGGUUUGAUUCUUUGUACAAGCAGAGUUCGCUUGUUAAACUUGGAUUGAAGAAAAAGGUGCAGAGUGAUGUAUAUAUAUCUUUGGCCAUAGACAGAAAGAUUGCCUUGGUUUCUUUGUCCAGAUCGAAAAGAAAGUACUGCUAUAAUUGUUUGAUAGGAUUUUUUUGUUCAAAACAUUAUGAUAAAGUUCUUGAUUGUGUGAACCGUACGACGGUUCAACCAAAGAUUAUACGAAUAUUAUGCAUAAACUUGAGCACAUGUCUAAUCCCUGUAAUUUAUAAAACAUGAAGCAAUAAUCAUUU